GCGCCGGCCAUCCCUAGCACACCGCCCUAGAACCAUUGUACUACUCAUUGCUAAUUCAGAGCCUUUCAUCAAAAGAGUGGUUGCAUGUAGAAACGCGUUGGGCGGUGUACUGGGUGGCCGGUGCGGCCGGGAGUUACGUUAGUACCUUGUGUAUGACUACGCUUUGCUUUGCUUUUAUUGUAUAUCUGGUUGUGACUGGCUACGGCAGCGACUUCCUACUUCAUGGCUUGCGUUGUUUCAUGGGCUUACGCGAGUUUGAAGGAUCUGACGGCGUUUCUGGGCCAUAUUCUUGCUUCAAACAGCGAAGCACCUGCAAGCAUCUUACUUAGCGGGCUCGAUCAGGUAUAAGGAUGUGAAUUGAAUUGGAUUGGAUUGAACCAAAAGAGUAAAACACAGAAUAUUAAAAACAUAUACAGCAUCACGAAUAAACAGAUUUGAUGCUUCUUUAAAGC